GUGUUUCCUGCACUUUCAGUAUUUCCACAUUUUGAAAGAAGGUGCUGUACUCUUUUAAAGAGAGGUUUCAGCGCCCCCGUCCUGCACCUCUUCACAAAAUGAAAUCAAAUAUUAUGUCUAAUACUGUGCUUUCAGUGUGUAUCCGAUGUUGAACAGCAGAGAUGGCAGUAAGAACCUGUUAGACCUGGUUUGCAGCAACGUUUUGCUCACUUUGGAACUGGUUUAUUUACCACAUGGGUCCACAUGAUUCGUCAUAAAAACUUUUGAGUUAAUAAGUAACAAACAAUAAUAAUAAUAAUAACUUUACCGCACUAAAAAUUUUAUCAACAGCCCGCACCUAGUAAAGUGUGUUUUGUAUAUUUUUAUAUUUCCAUUUAUGUCAUCAUAAUGGACCAACUGAAAUUUUGCAUUUAAUGCUAUGCAGUUUGGUAUAUCAUUAUUCAUUUGUUAUCUUACAACAAAUAAUCAGUAAACAUAAACUAUAUUUUUUUUUAGAAUUUUAAAUGUAAUGUGAUUUAUAUAGCACUCCCAGCAACAGCCACUUUAAGGCACUUUGCGCACUAAGGUAAAAGACCCCACAACAUUUGCGAGAAGUCCCCAAUAAUAAGCUGACCGUUUAUAAGCAAGCAAUUGGCAAACUUCCCUUAUAACAGGUAGAAACGUCUGGCAGAACCAGGCUCGUGGAUGGGCAGCCAUCCGACACAACCUGUUGAGGGUGAGAAAAGGGAGAUGUGUUUAUAUCAAGUUAAACUGAUAACAGGUAGGAGUGAAAUUUAUGAAAAUUUGUUAAAUUAGCCACUGGCGACCUGUCCAGGGUGCACCCAGCCUCUCGCCCUAAGACAGCUGGGAUAGGCUCCACCCCCCCGUGAAUUCAUAUUUACAGGAAUAUACCUGAACAUGUCCAACAGUCUAAUGUCAGCAUAGAUUAAGUUUACUACGCAUGUUUACCUGUACUAAGUUGUCUAAACUAUGUUGGAGUUAGUGUAAAAACACUAUGCUUAAAAUUGGAUCUGCCGAGCAGUAAAUGUGAUUUGAAUUUAAUGAAUUUGAAUAAGGACGGCUUUGUCAAGUCGUCAUUGUUUCUCAUAUCUUCACUGGUUCGUGGUGUAGCCAUGAGCAAGUCAGCAGGCUGCUGCAAGAGAUUCCUGCACUAUGCUUUUGACUACGAAACACCAAAAACGCUGGUUAUUCCCAGCUUAGGUGUAGGAUUUGUGUUCAGGUUCACCCAAUUCCUGGUGGUGAUGUAUGUGGUUGGGUAUGUGUGUGUGGUGCAGAAGGCCUACCAGGAUACAGAUACUGUCAUCAGCACCGUCACCACGAAAGUGAAAGGUUUCGCUUUCACCAACACAUCUGACACGGAGCCUCGUUUUUGGGAUGUGGCUGAUUACAUUAUCCCUCCUCAGGGCGAUCAUUCAUUCUUUGUGCUGACGAAUAUGGUUGUGACCCCAAAACAAGUGCAGUCACGUUGUCCCGAGCUUCCAAGCCCAUCAACUAUUUGUGUGGAUGACUGCAACUGUGUCGAGGGACACAGUGAUCCCCGGGGCAACGGUAUACAGACGGGACUGUGUGAGAACUACUCCACCACUGCACGGACCUGUGAAGUGCUCUCAUGGUGCCCACUUGAAAUAGACACUAAGCUGCCUGAGCAUGCGCUGCUGGCUGCAGCAGAAAACUUCACCGUGUUGAUCAAAAACAGCAUCACGUACCCAAAGUUCAACUUUCACAGAAGAAACAUACUGCCUCAUGUGAACUCCUCAUACCUGAAGAGGUGUGAAUUCAGCCGUCUCACAGACCCACACUGUCCCAUAUUCAGACUCAAGGAUAUUGUCUCAGAGGCUGGGGAGGAUUUUCAAGACAUGGCUGUGAAGGGGGGCAUCCUUGGUAUUCUUAUUGACUGGAGCUGCGAUUUGGACUGGUGGGCAGGGGAGUGUUUACCUAAAUACAGCUUCCGGAGGCUGGACAACAAACACCCUGUCAACAAUGUGGCCCCUGGUUACAACUUUAGAUUUGCUAAAUACUACAAGACAGCAGAUGGAGAGGAAACCAGAACGUUGAUCAAAGCUUACGGGAUCCGCUUUGACGUCAUUGUGUUUGGAACUGCAGGAAGAUUUUCCAUCGUUCCAACCAUAGUGAACUUGGGUGCAGCCUUGUCGUUCCUCAGUUUGGUGCCUGUGGUUGCUGACUGGUUUUUGGUGACUUGCUCGAGGAAACGAGAUCUUUACAGCAGACACAAAACAACACAUCUCACUGAAGAUGCAGACAGUGCAUCGGUGUCAAUGGGCACCACCUAUGGAACCCAGUAGCAGGAGCAACAUUUCUCUACAGAGAAAUGGGAAUCCUCAUGAAACGUGACAUUAAAACAUCAUUUGAGUACUUCACUGAAACCAUAAAAUGUGUAAAUAGAAAGAAGGAGGAUAAACAGUGAUGGAGGAAGAACUCUGGCUUUUAUUUAAGUAGCAGCUACAAAACACUCACUAGUAAAAGUAUAAAUGUGUAAUCUUCAAAAUAUAAUUAUAAUACCAGCAGCAAAGAUGGAGAUUGAACUAUUUCAGAAUGAAAUAUAGCACUGGGCUACUAAUUACUGAUGCAUUAAUAUGUUCUUUUACAGCUUGCGGAAAUUAUUUGAUUUGAUUUAUUUGCACUUUUGGGUAGUUUCACCCAAAAUAAUGCAUUAUCAGUUACCAGGUAAUUGUAUUCAGUAAUAUGAAUUGAGUGAAAAACAUGUAAUUGUGUGAAAAUAAAUGGGAGUAUAGUUACAGAG